ACUGUUCAGAGAGACUGUAUAGCAGAGGUAGGCUACUGUUCAGAGAGACUGUAUAGCAGAGGUAGGCUACUGUUCAGAGAGACUGUAUAGCAGAGGUAGGCUACUGUUCAGAGAGACUGUAUAGCAGAGGUAGGCUACUGUUCAGAGAGACUGUAUAGCAGAGGUAGGCUACUGUUCAGAGAGACUGUAUAGCAGAGGUAGGCUACUGUUCAGAGAGACUGUAUAGCAGAGGUAGGCUACUGUUCAGAGAGACUGUAUAGCAGAGGUAGGCUACUGUUCAGAGAGACUGUAUAGCAGAGGUAGGCUACUGUUCAGAGAGACUGUAUAGCAGAGGUAGGCUACUGUUCAGAGAGACUGUAUAGCAGAGGUAGGCUACUGUUCAGAGAGAUUGUAUAGCAGAGGUAGGCUACUGUUCAGAGAGACUGUAUAGCAGAGGUAGGCUACUGUUCAGAGAGACUGUAUAGCAGAGGUAGGCUACUGUUCAGAGAGACUGUAUAGUAGCGAGGUAGGCUACUGUUCAGAGAGACUGUAUAGCAGAGGUAGGCUACUGUUCAGAGAGACUGUAUAGCAGAGGUAGGCUACUGUUUAGAGAGAUUGUAUAGCAGAGGUAGGCUACUGUUCAGAGAGACUGUAUAGCAGAGGUAGGCUACUGUUCAGAGAGACUGUAUAGCAGAGGUAGGCUACUGUUCAGAGAGACUGUAUAGCAGAGGUAGGCUACUGUUCAGAGAGACUGUAUAGCAGAGGUAGGCUACUGUUCAGAGUAGAGGUCGACCGAUUAUGAUUUUUCAACGCCGAUACCGAUUAUUGGAGGAUGACAAUUCAUGUAAUAAUGACAAUUACAACAAUACUGAAUGAACACUUAUUUUAACUUAAUAUAAUACAUCAAUAAAAUCAAUGUAGCCUCAAAUUAAUAAUGAGACAUGUUCAAUUUGGUUUAAAUAAUUUAAAAACAAAGUGUUGGAGAAGAAAAUAAAAGUGCAAUAUGUGCCAUGUAAGAAAGCUAACGUUUGAGUUCCUUGCUGAGAACAUAUGAAAGCUGGUGGUUCCUUUUAACAUGAGUCUUCAAUAUUUCCAGGUAAGAAGUUUUAGGUUGUAGUUAUUAUAGGAAUUAUAGGACUAUUUCUCUCUAUACCAUUUGUAUUUCAUUAACCUUUGACUAUUGGAUGUUCUUAUAGGCACUUUAGUAUUGCCAGUGUAACAGUAUAGCUUCCGUCCCUCAAGUUAGCGCGCGCUAACUAGCUAGCCAUUUCACUUCGGUUACACCAGCCUCAUCUCGGGAGUUGAUAGGCUUGAAGUCAUAAACAACGCAAUACUUGACGCACAACGAAGAGCUGCUGGAAAAACGCACGAAAGUGCUGUUUGAAUGAAUGUUUACGUGCCUGCUUCUGCCUACCACCGCUCAGUCCGAUACUGGUAUGUUCAGUCAGAUUAUAUGCAACGCAGGACACGCUAGAUAAUAUCUAGUAAUAUCAUCAACCAUGUGUGGUUAACUAGUGAUUAUAAUUGUUUUUUAUAAGAUAAGUUUAAUGCUAGCUAGCAGCAUACCUUGGCUUACUGCAUUCGUGUAACAGGCAGUCUCCUUGUGGAGUGCAACGAGAGAGGCAGGUCGCUAAUUGCGUUGGACUAGUUAAAUGUAAGGUUGCAAGACUGGAACCCCCGAGCUGACAAGGUGAACAUCUGUCGUUCUGACCCUGAACAAGGCAGUUAACCAACCGUUCCUAGGCCGUCAUUGAAAAUAAGAAUGCAUUCUUAACUGACUUGCCUCGUUAAAUAAAGGUAUAAAAAAAUAUAAAAUAAAUAAAAUUGGCAAAUCGGCACCCAAAAAUCGGCCAUUCCGAUUAAUCGAUCGACCUCGAGUUCAGAGAGACUGUAUAGCAGAGGUAGGCUACCGUUCAGAGAGACUUUAUAGCAGAGGUAGGCUACUGUUCAGAGAGACUGUAUAGUAGUGAGGUAGGCUACUGUUCAGAGAGACUGUAUAGCAGAGGUAGGCUACCGUUCAGAGAGACUUUAUAGCAGAGGUAGGCUACUGUUCAGAGAGACUGUAUAGCAGAGAUAGGCUACUGUUCAGAGAGACUGUAUAGCAGAGGUAGGCUACCGUUCAGAGAGACUUUAUAGCAGAGGUAGGCUACUGUUCAGAGAGACUGUAUAGCAGAGAUAGGCUACUGUUCAGAGAGACUGUAUAGCAGAGGUAGGCUACUGUUCAGAGAGACUGUAUAGCAGAGGUAGGCUACUGUUCAGAGAGACUGUAUAGCAGAGGUAGGCUACUGUUCAGAGAGACUGUAUAGCAGAGGUAGGCUACUGUUCAGAGAGACUGUAUAGCAGAGAUAGGCUACUGUUCAGAGAGACUUUAUAGCAGAGAUAGGCUACUGUUCAGAGAGACUGUAUAGCAGAGGUAGGCUACUGUUCAGAGAGACUGUAUAGCAGAGGUAGGCUACUGGUCAGAGAGACUGUAUAGCAGAGGUAGGCUACUGGUCAGAGAGACUGUAGAGCAGAGGUAGGCUACUGUUCAGAGAGACUGUAUAGCAGAGGUAGGCUACUGGUCAGAGAGACUGUAUAGCAGAGGUAGGCUACUGUUCAGAGACUGUAUAGUAGAGGUAGGCUACUGUUCAGAGAGACUGUAUAGUAGAGGUAGGCUACUGUUCAGAGAGACUGUAUAGCAGAGGUAGGCUACUGUUCAGAGAGACUGUAUAGCAGAGGUAGGCUACUGUUCAGAGAGACUGUAUAGCAGAGGUAGGCUACUGUUCAGAGAGACUGUAUAGUAGCGAGGUAGGCUACUGUUCAGAGAGACUGUAUAGCAGAGGUAGGCUACUGUUCAGAGAGACUGUAUAGCAGAGGUAGGCUACUGUUCAGAGAGACUGUAUAGUAGAGGUAGGCUACUGUUCAGAGAGACUGUAUAGUAGAGGUAGGCUACUGUUCAGAGAGACUGUAUAGCAGAGGUAGGCUACUGUUCAGAGAGACUGUAUAGCAGAGGUAGGCUACUGUUCAGAGAGACUGUAUAGCAGAGGUAGGCUACUGUUCAGAGAGACUUUAUAGCAGAGGUAGGCCACAGUGUCAGUGUUGUUGAUAGAUGAGAGAGACCUUGCAGACUGUCGAAAAAUAGGAAUAAAUCCAAUACUGAUGAUGGCUUGAUGCCAAAACAUUUGUGCUCUGUUUUUCACCUUUAAGUUACGCAACUUUUAGGCAUCAUGAUGCAGAAAAUAAAACAUUUAUAUUUUUGCAUUUUUUUGGAUGUAUUCCUUUUUCUUAUUUUUUACCUUUUUAUUUCGACAGGGAGUCGAUGCUGAGACCAAGGUCUCUUUCCAGAUGAUCUAUGUUUAGCACAACAAUACACAUGAAAAUACAAUCAACAUCCUAUUUUUCGAGAGUGUCGGGGUCUCCACCUCUUCCAGUAUUCUCAUUUUGAGAACGGACAAUGGACGACAAAUGUCUUCUUGGGUGUCACCUGGCAGUGUAACAGGGAAAGGCACAUAGAGUAAUAGCAGACUGUAGAAUUGAUAGUGUCCUGUGGGAUGUCAAAUUAUCCACUCCAAUUUCUACUCUGCAGCUGUGUGUUGGACCACUGGCUGUUGGGUCUGUCCACCUAGUGUAAACAUUAGUAUAGGAAAUCCCCCUCAAUGCACGCUCACUUCUUCACUAGGUGUCGUCUUAUUCAAUAAGCUCAACGUUUGUGAUAAUGUGUAUUUCUGUAACAGGGUGCUCGUGUGUGGUUGCCUGACCCAGAGGCAGUGUGGGUAUCAGCCAAGCUCCUCAAGGACUACAACCCUGGAGGCGAGAAUGUACUUCUGCAGAUCAGCGCACACGCACAGUCAACAGCUAGAUGUGUUGUUAGUCGCUCUUGAUAAGCGUCGCAGGUGGCUGGUGGCACCUUAAUUGUGGAGGACGGGCUCAUAGUAAUGGCUGGAAUGGAAUGAAUGGUAUCACACACGUGUUUGAUACCAUUCAUUCCGCACAUUAUUAUGAGCUGUCCUCCCCUCACCAGCCUCCUGUGAUAACCAUCUGCUAAUGUCAAAUAUUUCAUGUGCCACCCUCAUCCACCCCUCUCUCAAGGAUGUGCAGUACCCAGUGGUGCCUCCCUCUGGCCUCCCCCCUCUGGGGAACCCUGAUAUUCUGGAGGGGGAGAAUGACCUCACUGCUCUCAGCUUCCUACAAGAGCCUGCUGUUCUUCACAACCUGAGUGUCCUUUCCAACCCGAGUGUGAUGAAAGGACAUCGUUUCAGAGGAAUGGUAUUGUGUUAGUGGCUCUCAAACCGUAUGACCAGCUGCCCAUCUAUGGAGCUGGCAGGACAUGGCUGACAUGGAGCCUCACAUCUUGGUCUACCGCACCAUGACCAGGGAGGAUAAGAACCAGUCCAUUAUAAAGAGUGGGGAGUCUGGAGCAGGGAAAACGGUCUCUGCUAAGUUCACCAUGCGUUACUCUGCCAUGGUGGGCGGAGCAGCCCAGCAGACCAGUGAGGAGGAGAGAGUACUGGCCUCCAACCCCAUCAUGGAGUCUAUUGGGAAUUCUAAGACUACCUGCAACGACAACAGUAGCUGGUUUGUGAAGUACAUUGAGAUAGGCUUUGGAUGGAAGGAUAUCAUUGGGGCCAACGUGAGGACGUAUUUGCUGGAGAAGUCUCGAGUCGUCUUCCAUGCGUCACAGGAGAGGAACUACAACAUCUUCUACCAGCUGUGUGCCUCCAGAGACCUGCCAGAGAUGAGAGUCCUCAAACUCGGUGGUGCUGAUUCCAUGCAGAUCCCAGGCACUGAUGAUAUGGGCCUCCUGACCAGCAGAUGGAGCUCUUCAGGAUCCUGGCAGCUGUUCUGCACCUGGGCAAUGUCAACAUCCAGGCCAAUGGGAGACCUGGUGAUCGAAGUUACAUUGUAUUUUUUUUCUUAACUUUUUCCACAUUAUUUCCCUGAAACACACAAAAUUCUCUCAAAUAUCCCAUAAUCAGUGGGAGGAGCGUUCCCUGGCUGUGUUCUCCAAGCUGCUGUGGGUAGCCCACUGGCUGUGCUAACGCAGGCUGGCAGUAGGGGGAGACAUGCUGGUCAAGCCCAUGCCCGGUCAGUAGGCCCUGGAGGCCCGGGACUCCCUGGCCAAGCAUGUGUACGGUCAGGUGUUCACCUGGACUCAACACAGCCCUCCUUGCCCAGAGGGAUCAGGCCUAGUCAUUUAUUGGGGUGCUGGACAUCAACAGCUGAGUAGUAAGGACAGGGAGUAACACUUGACAUUAGGUUGGUCUUAUACUUGUGUAGUGACAUUGUGAAUACUGUAGUAACAACAUGGUAUUAACAUAUUCCCCUCUUUGUCCAUUUGUCUUUGGCAGGUUUGAGAACUUUGAAAGGAACAGUUUUGUACAGUUCUGUAUAAAUUAUGGCUAUGAGAAACUGCAGCAGCAAUUCAACAGGCACGUGUUCCAGUUGGAGCAGGAGGAGUAUGUCCGUGAGGAGCUGCCAUGGAGCAGGAUAGAGUUCAGUGACAUCCAGCCGCUCAUCGAGGGACAGCUGGGCCUGCUGGGUGAGGAGUGCAGGAUGCCUAAAGGCUCAGAGGAGAGCUGGGCUAGGAAACUGUAUGAUCAGCAUCAGAGUAAUGACCCAAGUCCACACUUCUGCAAACCUCGCAUGUUCCAUCACUGACUUCAUCAUCCUGCACUUCGCUGGACUACAGGAAAAGGAGCACCGGGCACGCCCCCAUUCUCAUCAACAGGGCUGUAGUGGAGCAGGUUGGAGCUUCAGGUUCCUUGGUGUCCACAUCACCAACAAACUAUCAUGGUCCAAGCACACCAAGACAAUCAUGAAGAGGGCACGAUAAUGCCUAUUCCCCCUCGGGAGAAUGAAAAGAUUUGGCAUGCAUCCUCAGACCCUCAAAAAGUUCUACAGCUGCACCAUCAAGAGCACUGGUUGCAUCACAGCCUGGUAUGGCAACUGCUUGUCCUCCGGCCGCAAGGUACUACAGAGGGUAGUGCGUAUGGUCCAGUACAUCACUGGGGCCAAGCUUCCUGCCAUCCAGGACCUCUAUACCAGGCAGUAUCAGAGGAUGGCCCUAAAAUUACCAAAGAAUCCAGCCACCCU